CUGAGCCUCACUCUGGUUCUGCAUUGCAGGUGAUGAAGGUAUUUAUUGUCCUGACCCCGGAAUUCCUCUCCCAUGACCAGGACCAGCUCACCCAGGAGCUGCAGCAGUAUGUGAAGUCAGUGACAGCCCCAUAUAAGUACCCGAGGAAGGUGGAAUUUGUCCCAGAGUUGCCCAAAGUCAUAACUGUUAAGAUUAAAGUAGUGAACUUCAGAAAAAGGAGUUUGGUCAGAUGUAAUCAGCAAAACACUCAGAAACCACUCUGUAAUCUUGACCAAAUCCCUGGCUGCCUCAGUUUACCCACUAUGGAGAGGGUGAGGAGGGGAAUGUAGAGCACUGUUUUGCAAGAGCAUCAGGAGGGCCCAUGUUCUAGCAUUUUUGUUCUCUUAAAUUAAUAUGUUAUUGUCCUCCCUCCACAUCCCUGGGUAAGUGCUCCAAAUGUGGUCUGGUAAUAAAACAUUGACAUCAGCAUCCGA